CGAGGCGCAGCGGGCAGACCACGAGGUCCCUGCGCCACCCGUGGCAGGAGGCGCAGAGCGCGCUGGCGCCGUCGCGCCCGACGCCGAGACCCGAGGAGAGCCCCGAGAGGUGCCGGAGGCACCCGGAGGAGGAGCGCCUCGGGUGUCGGUUGCGCGCCGCCGCCGCCGGCGCCGCAGCGGCGGCCACCGCGGCGGUGGCGGGCGCACCCUGCUCAGCAUCGCCGUGGCGAUGUCCAUCGGCAGGGCGCUGGUGGACUCCCUUCCGAAGCGAGGAGGCAGCUGCAACCAGCAGCGGAAGCGCCUGAGGGCCAUGCGCCUGGUCGGGGACGAGGAGGGCGACGAGUGCAGCGGCAGUGGCGAAGAGGAGGCUGCGGAGGAGAGCGCGGAGGCCUCCGAGCCCGAGAGCGCCUGGUCUGGCGAGGAGCGGGCGCCGCCGCUGGUGGAGGCGUUCCGGGAGCGCCGCGCGCUGGACGAGGCGAGCAGGCUGCACAGGCAGCGGUGCUUCGAGGCGGAGGAGCGG